UGGCCUGUUCCCCCAAAGAGUCGAAAGACGCUUGGGGAGGUGCAUAUUGCCAAGUCGCCUGCUUUCCACACGGGGUACCGCGCAAAUAGGGUAUUGCCUGAUCAUGAGGUUGCCAGGUUGGAGAGGAAGGGGGAGAAGGUGCCGAGGGAGUAUCACUUUCAGAUCAAGGAGGGGGGGGCUGAGAGAUGGGUGUGGAAAGAUUCGAAUGGAAGGGCGGUGGCCUUUCAGUGGAGGGGGCAAAGAAGUGAGUUUGGCGGUGGUGAUGGUCAGCCGGGGAGUAGUCGGGAUCCGGAUGGGGGGGUUGGUGAUGGGGGGGGAUGGGGGGUGCCCAAGCUCCAGGUUCUGGUGGAGUUAGACAGGAGGACGCUGGAUAGUUUGGUGGCGGUGUGGUGUCUCUGGGCGAUGCAUUUGCAUCAUGAGGCUACGGCGCCCAAGAAGACCUGGGAAGAUCGAUUGGCCUUGAUGGCGAGGAAGAGACCUGAGGGUACGCCACAGGGGGGCUUUUAUACUAUGAAGUUUUAA